CGAGGAUGAUGAAAUGCUAGGGGGCCGUCGUCUGCAAGCUACUGCAAUUAACGCUAGUAAUGCAAACCAUCGCAUCAGUCAUGAUCUCCUUCGGUGGCAUCUCCGGAUGUGUGUGUUGAAGAACAUGAAGGGAAACGCCGGUGUUCCCGAAUGGGAGUAUGAAUUGGGACCAGAUGAUAUCGGAGAAAUCAUGGCACAGGAGGAUGCAGGAGAGCGUAUGGAGGUGGAAUUGUUUUCCCGCCUGGGGCCCUUGAUUGCAUGAGACAUUAUUGUUGAUUUGCUGAAGUAUUCAAUCGAUAAGCUUCGGGAUGCUGUAAUUGAAUUAUGUCAUACUGAAUCGUCCAUUGGCGAAAUGAUACCAAGAAAUCUCCGUCGACAGCAUCAAAGAAUAACAUCCAUUUACACAAUGUACAUGGAAUUCCCAACAUGCGGCAUAUGCGGGCAACUGCUAGAAAAUGAACUCGAGUUGAUGUUUACCCUGCGAGAUAGAGCAGAGUGGAAGGAUAAGAAGACUUGCAGCACCACCGAGCUAGAAGAUGCAUAUUUCACCGUUCCGUGGAUAUGGGCGACCUUUGUUCGGAUGAUACUUCCAACAGACCGAAACUACAUAUACACGGCACAGAACGAGGCAGCGAAUAAUACAUUCUUCCUCUCGGGAGUAGGCCAAAUGGGGUUAUGGAGGGACGAAGCAUCAACGCCUAUCCAAGUCCCUCUCGACCAGAACGUAGUUAAUAUAGGCAAUCAUGACGAUACAGACGGGGAGAUAAUCUCUGCAUACUGGACUCGGAUGAAGUAUACAGCACCCAACGACCAGGAUCUGCAGUAUACCCCGCGCGGAUACGUCCUGCACGAGCGGUGCUGGUGGCUCGCCAAGAGAAUCAUUGGGGGAUCAAUCCUAGAGAAGCAUCUCAAUUUAUUCGCGGCUGCUCUUCACGAUACACAAGACGGGGUAGACGGGAUGUCGCUAAAUAUGGAAUGGAUGAUCUAUAUGCGGGCGAUUCUGGACAAGGGCGUCGAACGAUUCCUAAGCACCCCGCAACAGUACGUGCAGGAAUAUACGGGCUAUUAUGAGCAUGCUGCGACUCCCAUUUACCCGGUCGGUCGUGAUCCGGUGAAUAUUGUCGAGCUGCGAGAUUUGGUGGAUAAGGCCAAGGGGCGGUUUGGGAUGGCGCUGAAGCCGCCUAUCUUCAGUCUUCCGAUUGACGUGCAGUGUCUCCUUGCUGAUACUCUUGAUAGCUGGGAUCUGAGCAAUACGCUUUUUGCGUUUCAAUGGAGGCUGCCGGAUACAUAUUGGCGAGGUCGAAUUCCCAUGGAGAUCCUUUUUGAAUAUGAAAAUAUUCGGCAUCAGAACCUGGACUGGCAAUAUUUCAGCCUGGGGCUGGAGAAACUGUUCAAAACUUCUGAUGGCUUGAAGAAUCGACAGAGAAUACUGAAGCAAUUGGGCGAUAUUAAAAAGGCGUUUGCAAACAAAUCAAAUCUGGACUGAGUAGUCUACGCAUACUGUAAACUGCAUCAGACUUGGUGCAGUUGACGCUGUCGACAGUGAUGUCUGAUUAAUUACCUG